AGUCCACAGCCUUUCGUGCGGAAGAGGCGAACCCAACAGUGAUUCAGCCUUAGAAGCUAUGGAUGAUUUCGAUAUCUACGGAGACUUGGACAAGUGCGACGCGGAAGCCGAGAAGAAAAGCCGGGAAGUGCAAAGCCUUUUGUGCCGAAUAGCCGAAUUAGAGCAACAAGUUAAAACGGAAGAGCAACAAAAAUGUGAAGUAUUGAACAAGAACAAUAUUUUAUUGGAAAAUAUAUCUUCACUGUUGCUAACGGCAAAAGCGGAAUUGAAACGUAAAGAUACUAUCAUCAGUGACCUUCGAAAACAAUGCGAUAAUGCUCUCUUUAGACGGGGAAACCACAUCACUAGGGACCGUAGCUCCAAUAGAGCUAGUAACAGCCACAACCGCGGAACACAGACGGUUUCCGUACAAUCAAAACACGUUGGCGUUCAAGUUGAAUUGGUUAUGGAAGAUGAUUACCUGGAUCGAAAGAGAAAAUGUGUUCGUGGUCACGAAGAAGGAGAGAACCACAGGCGUGAGCGCGAACGUAACCGUGAACAAGAUCGACGGUGUGAAAAAUAUCGCGACCACGACAGCGACCGCGAAAAGGAUCGAGGGAAAGACCGAGAGUGGAUUCGCGAUACAAGUCGUGGACGGGACCGUGAAAAUACUAGCAACAGGCACAGUGACAAACACCGCGCACGGGACAGUGAAAAGGAACGGGAUCGUGAAAAGUAUGCACAACUGAGCAGUGUUUGGGGUCGUGAUCAAAGAGGAAAAUCCCGUGACAGGCAUCGGGAUCGUGAUGACUUCUCAAUGCAGAGUAGGAGUGGUAGAAACCAGAGAAGUAGCGAACGCGACCAUCAAAGAGAGGGGAAGUAUCGCGACCGAAAUAGCAUAGUAUUUAGUAAUUCCACCGGUACUCAUCCAACGAGGGACGAUAUCAAAGUUCUUGCCGGUGAAAAACGUGCGUUGGAAAGUAACAGUAAAGAAAGUAUAACACAUGAAAAAAAGCGACGAAAGGAAAAGUCAUCGACAUUACUUGUCCAAAAUGAGAUGCACAAGACUAGCAGCCAUAGAGACAUUUGUACGAAUUUGGAAGAUGUACACGUGAAAAAAGAACACAACAUCGAAUGCGCUGAAACCGAUGCGAAGUCAAAGGAGCUCACGGAGCUCGUCUAA